AUGGAGACUCAUGUUUACAAACAUGAGGGCGCUUCGAUUCUUUCAGUGGUAAGCCCUUUGUGCACCAUUAGUACCGAGUCCAUUAUUACUUUCCUUGAGAACCUGAACGAUAAUCGCCCACAGUCACUCAAAGAAACUAAACUACUAGUUCUCUACGCUACGGAGGAGUCAAAGGAACUUUGCCAGCAUCUUGACGUGAAAACCAUCCCGUGCUUUUUCUCAUAUUUCUAUGGAGAGUUGAAGGAUACCUUUACUGGAAGUAACACUGACAAAGUUCUCUUACUAGCAAAACGUGUGGAGGAGGCGUCUCUAGCUAAAAAAAAAGAACUACAGGCUCUAAAAAUUGCUGCUGAGAAGCUUGCAAAAGAAAUUAAUGACACUGUGCCAGCAUGA